CGGAGGACAAAUGGGACCGGGCGUGGGGGGACAACACGGGUUGUUGAAGAAGGUCUUCCCAGAGGACAUGCAGCAGUAUUCUUUGGCUGGAGGAAUGGGCACGAUCUGGGGCUUCGGUUGGCACACCAUCGUGGUUCCACGAUGACCCGCUGUGAGCAGACGACCUUGGGGUCGGGCACGACCCGGCUGUAGUAGAUAACCUUUGGUUCCAAACGACCCAUCGCUUGAAGAUUACGCAAGGUUCGAUGAUGGACUUUAACUCGAUGACGGUCCGGCUGCAGUUGAUGACCUUCUUCUGGGCCACGAGCCGGGGCGGUCGCUGGACGGUCACGAAGCGGGGUCCACAGGUCGGCGCUGGGCCAAUCUUUGGGCACUGGGGCAAGUGGGCCAAUUGACCGGCCGAGUAGUUCUGUGGUCCGGAAGUAGAAUUUGCUGAUGCAACAGUGACAAGCUAAAUGGGCCAGAAAUGACACCGGAAAUACGGUCCACAAGGACCGCAGGCCGGUUCACAAGGGCCACAGGGUCAAACAUUUUGAUGGAUCUUGGUUAAAACUUGCUGGAUGUUCUUCUAAAAGAAUCACAACAAAUAUGAAUUCAAUAUCGAGAUUUUUGAGGAAAUAUUCCGUUGGUCCACCCGUUUCCAUUUAUCAAAAUCUUUAUGCCACCAAGCCAGCCGCCCGGAACCGUCCCAAAACGGAAAACUUCAAAUCCUACGAGUCCCUUGGCAAGAUAAAGCAACCAAUUUGGCGGGAACAACUCCCCACCGAAAGGGGCCUCGGUCCGAUCGCGGACGACUGUCCCAAAGAGAGCACCUACAAGAACCCGGAAUACUUCUCCUAUCACAAUUACACCUUCUACAACCUGGCGAUGGCCAUGCAGUGUAUGUACCAGCCCCAGCCGAGUGCCCUGGAGGAUCGAGACCUGGCCGAGCAGACCACCAAGAGUUGCUACGUCGUGGAGGUAAAGCCGUGGGACGAUGGAACGGGAAAGAAGAACCCGCCACCGAGGUGUGUGGAGGGCGAUUGUAAGGAGGACUCUAACGAGGGCAAGGAUGAUGGCGAUGCUCGGGAUGAGAAGUCAGUUUUCCAAAAAGCUAAGAUUGAAGAAAAGCCGAAAAAUUGAAAAAUCCUAUGAAAUUCAUUUGGUUAGCAACAAAUUAUAUUUGGUAAAUUAAAAUAAUCUCUUAAAAGACCAGAUUUGCAAAACAAAAUUAGUUUGACCUCAUUUCAGUUGUCUCGCCCACCGAACAAGAUGUGUUACAAAAUGGAACAAAUAUAAAAGGAAUCCUCUCAAACCGCUCAGACUAAAUAUGUUUCGUCACUUUCCAUGCAACCAUCGACCAUAAAAAACGAUAGAUUUAUUGACAAAGUGUCGAGUUCACUAACCGACUGCAGCAACUCCAUCGGAAUCCAUACAUUU